GCGAAAGAGGCGGGACAAAUUGCCGCGGGUUCAGUGCCGCCACUGGAACCGGGAGAUGCGGCUCAGGAGCUGUCGCUGGGUUGGCUUUUACCUGAGUCUCGUUUCUUAUUGUGGCUCCUUCUGCGGUUUCGAUCAUGUUGUUACCCUCGGACGUAGCCCGGCUAGUAUUGGGUUACUUACAACAAGAAAACCUCACUUCUACCUGCCAGACUUUUAUUUUGGAAAGUUCAGACUUAAAGGAAUAUGCAGAACACUGUACAGAUGAAGGUUUUAUUCCAGCCUGCUUACUGUCCUUAUUUGGAAAAAACUUGACAACAAUUUUGAAUGAAUAUGUAGCUAUGAAAACAAAAGAAACAUCAAAUGAUGUCCCAGUAAUAAUGUCAUCUCUGUGGAAGAAGUUGGACCAUACACUUUCUCAAAUCAGGAGCAUGCAAAGUUCCCCAAGGUUUGCUGCCAAUCAGAGAGCCCGAACAAGAAGUGGAAUUGCAGAAAUCAAACGGCAGAGAAGGCUUGCAUCUCAAGCAGCUCCAGCAGCUCCUGUCAGUUCAGAGUUGAUGAACUUACCUUGUCUUUCAGGACAAUUUACCACUUCUCCUUUGACAGGUACACAAGCUAUUCGACCAAGUGGCCAAAUUUCAAAUCCAUUGAGGUCAUAUUUUGUAGUGGUCAACCAUUCACAGUCACAAGAUACUGUAACCACUGGAGAGGCUUUAAAUGUCAUUCCUGGUCCUCAGGAAAAGAAAACUCAAGCCAGUUUAAUGUCUCCUGGUAGACGCAAAAGUGAAUCUCAAAGGAAAAGUACCACUUUGUCUGUCCCUCAUUCAACAAUACGGAAUUUCCAGGAUCCAAACGCAUUUGCAGUAGAGAAACAAAUGGUUAUUGAAAAUGCACGUGAAAAAAUACUAAGCAACAAAUCUCUUCAAGAAAAGCUAGCAGAAAACAUUAAUAAAUUUUUGACUAGUGAUAACAAUAUUGCUCAAGUACCUAAACAAACAGAUAACAACCCUACUGAGCCAGAGACUUCAAUUGAUGAACUUCUGGGACUUCCGAGUGAAAUCCACAUGUCUGAAGAAGCUAUACAGGAUAUAUUGGAACAGACAGAAUCAGACCCAGCAUUUCAGGCGCUCUUUGAUCUCUUUGACUAUGGUAAAACAAAGAAUAAUAAAAAUAUGUCACAAAGCAUUUCCAGUCAGCCUAUGGAAACCAAUCCCAGUAUAGUCUUAGCAGAUGAAACUAAUCUAGCAGUUAAAGGUUCUUUUGAAACAGAAGAAUCUGAUGGUCAAUCUGGUCAGCCCCCAUUUUGUACAUCUUACCAGAAUGAUGAUACAUUAAAUGCUUUGAAGAAUGGCAGCAACCAUGAUGUGAUUAGACAGGAAGCCCAGGAAAAUUUUUCCCAAAUAAGCUCUAGCAUCCAGAAAAAGGCCUUUAAAACAGCCAUACCUACUGAACAGAAGUGUAACCUUGACAUUACCUUUGAGUCUGUGCCUAAUUUGAAUGACUUUAACCAAAGAGGAAAUUCUGAUCCUGAAUGUAAUCCGCAUUGUGCUGAAUUAUACAGCAAUCAGAUGUCCACUGAAACUGAAAUAGCUAUAGAGAUUGAAAAAAAUUCGUUGUCUCCAAAUGUGCCGAAUGCAUCUCAGUUACAGCUUGAUCAGGCUAAUAUACCAAUAAGUUCAUUUGUUUCACUUGGUGGUGAAACUAACAAUGAAAAAUUAAUUCUCUCUGGGAAAGGUUCUCAACUUUUAUCCCAAAAUACUUCACUGACUGGAAAGCCAUCUAAAAAAAGUCAGUUUUGUGAAAGUUCUAAUGAUACAGUGAGACUUAAAACUAAUUUUUGUGGUUCCAAGUCACCAGAUCCUAGUGAAAUUCAUAAGAGUAAAAUUGAAAUUGAUAAUGUGUUACCAGUUAUGUCACAACUAUCAAAUUGCCAAGAUAAUUCUGCACUUCACAGUAAAAUAUUGCCUGUGUCUGUUGAAAGUUCAAGUUUAAAUGUAUCUGGACAAGUAGAAAUUCAUCUUAGAGAGUCGAUGUCUUCAAUUAAACAACCAUCUAAGGAUUCAACAUCUGUUGAGUUAAAUCAUACAGAAAACGAAACUCAGCCAUCCAAGUCUGAGAAUUCACAAGAGCCUUCAUCAUCUGUAAAAGAAGAUACUAUUUUUCUCUCUUUAGGUAGAAAUGAUAACUGCGGGGAAGUUGCAUUGAUGCCUCUGGAAGGUAAUCCUAUAGAAAAUAGUCACUCUCUUCCUUCAGAAUCCAUGUGUCCUUCAGGGGGAGAUUCUCACCCUGAGUCCCAAAGUACUGAUGAUAAACCUUCUAGUGACAACUCAACAGAGAUAGAUGCAUCAAAUAUCGUCUCUCUCAAAAUUAUCAUUAGUGAUGACCCAUUUGUUUCCUCAGAUGCUGAACUUAACAGUGCCGUUUCUAGUAUCAAUGGAGAAAACUUGCCAACUAUAAUUUUGUCCUCUCCUACUAAAUCACCUGCCAAAAACACAGAAUUAAUUAAAUGCCCGUCUUCAGAAGAACCUGCAGGUACUAUUGUAUCUGCUGAAGUAGGAGAUUCAGCCUCAAUGGAACAGAACCUUUUAGCACUCAAACCUGAAGACUCUACAACAAACAACACUCAGAAUGAAGAUGGCAUUGCUUUUUCAGCCAAUGUUACACCAUGUGUUUCCAAGGAUGGAGGAUAUAUACAGUUGAUGCCAGCCACAAGCACAACUUUUGGCAAUUCAAAUAAUAUUCUGAUAGCCACCUGUGUGACUGAUACAGCAGCCUUAGGAACAACUGUAAGUCAGUCUAAUGUGGUAGUGUUGCCUGGAAAUUCUGCACCUAUAACUGCUCAAUCUUCGCCACCUCAGUUACAAACACCACCAAGGUCAAACAGUGUAUUUGCUGUCAACCAAGCUGUGUCACCAAACUUUUCACAAGGAUCUGCCAUAAUAAUUGCUUCUCCGGUCCAGCCUGUGCUUCAAGGAAUGGUAGGAAUGAUCCCAGUAUCUGUAGUUGGACAGAAUGGAAAUACCUUUUCUGCUCCUCCUCGGCAGGUCCUUCACAUGCCUUUGGCAGCACCUGUGUGCAAUAGAAGUAAUCCUCAAUUCCCCGUCUCUCCAAAAUCUCAGAAGGCUCAGGGACUAAGAAACAAGCCUUGUAUAGGAAAACAGGUAAAUAAUUCGGUGGAUUCCUCAAGUCACUCAGUUGGAUGUCCUGCACAAAGAAUUGAAGUUUCUGACAAGAAUAUGGUCAUAGAUCCUGGAAAACAAUUGGAAGAAAUCUCUAUUCCCUUCUCAGUAGAGAAUACAGUGCCAGCUAGCAAACCAUUUGAAAGCCACAGACGUGUGCUCUGUUUUGAUAGCACUGCUGCUCCUGUGGCAAGUACACAGGGGCCAAACCAUAAGAUGGUGUCUCAAAACAAAGAAAGGAAUGCAAUUUCCUUUCCUAAUCUUGACUCACCCACUGUGUCCUCCACCUUAAAACCCCCUUCUAAUAAUGCUAUCAAAAAAGAGAGAGAGAAACCUCCUAUGCCUAAGAUUUUAUCUAAAUCAGAAACUGCAAUUAGCCGACAUACCACUGUAAGAGAAACUCAGUCAGAAAAGAAAGUUUCACCAACAGAAAUUGUGCUUGAAUCUUUCCACAAAGCAACAGCUAAUAAGGAGAAUGAAUUAUGCAGUGAUGUGGAAAGGCAGAAAAAUCCAGAAACUGCGAAACUGUCAAUUGGGCAGCAAAAUGGCGGUUUACGGAAUGAGAAAACUAUAGCUUCACUGCAAGAAGUAACCAGAAAACAAGGCACAUCCUCAAACAGUAAAAAUGUCAUUUCAAUAGGUACAGCUGUGAAGGAUCUAAAACAAGAACAAACUAAAUCUGCCAGUUCUUCGAUUACCACAGAGAUGUCACAGGAUGUUCAUUGGCACAGCCCAGUAAAUCGGCUUGCUGAUAGCAGUGAUUUACCUGUACCCCGGACACCUGGCUUAGGGACAGGGGAAAAACAUAAAGAGGAACCUACAGAUGGUAUCAAAGCCCCCUCUAGUAGACGUUUUGGUGAAGACAGUAGCACACCCAAAGUAAUGGUCCCUCCUGUCACCCCUGACUUGCCUGCCUGCAGCCCUGCCAGUGAAACAGGCAGUGAAAACAGUGUAAACAUGGCUGCCCACACCUUAAUGAUUCUCUCCAGAGCAGCCAUCUCUAGGACUACUUCAGCAACUCCUCUGAAAGAUAACACACAACAAUUUAGAGCAUCUUCAAGGAGCACCACAAAAAAGCGGAAAAUUGAGGAAUUAGAUGAGCGUGAGCGAACCUCUCGUACUUCUAAUAAAAACCUUGCAAAUUCAUCAAUACCUAUGAAAAAGAAGAAAAUUAAGAAAAAGAAGCUGCCAAGUUCAUUUCCAGCUGGAAUGGAUGUGGACAAAUUUUUGUUAUCGUUGCAUUAUGAUGAGUAAACAUUCUAAACAUAUAAGAACAGUAGCUAUUUAAAACUUGUAUCCCUUAAACUAUGAGUGUAGGGAAUGGGAUAUUGACAGAAUCUGAAAGCAUGUCCUGCACUUUCAUUGUACUGAAAUUUCACUUUAUAUCUAAAUCAUGCUGUUUCUAAAGCAGCCUCCUACGUUGUAAAUAGACUUACUUGGUAUAUUUUAUUUUGGAAAAAACAUUUGCAGAAAUGUAAGUAAAGCCAAUCUGCAAAACUGUAUAGCUUUGACAAUUGCAUAUUGUAAAUAUUGUAUAAAUCUUGUUGAAAUAGAGGUUAAAUCAACCUAAUGUUCUUACACUGUGUUUUAUUUUUACUUCUUAUGAUCCCUAAUUCUGAAGCUUAUUCAUCUGGAAUAGUUUCUUACUUCUUUUGAAGGAAAAUGAUGCUUAUCCUUAUAAAUCACCCUCAGUAAUUGUUCAACAAGACAUUUAAAUACAUAGCUACUAAGUACUACAAAAUGAUAACCACCUCAACUGGUAGUGAAGUUUCUAAUCAGAAAUCAACAGUUUGAUGGGUUUCUUUUAGACUGAAUAUUUUACCAGCCCUUCUUACAUUGGUAAUAAAGAUAAUAUUCCUAGAAUUUUA